CGAGGCAUGGAGGCCGCCGGGAAGGGCCGGUCGUGGCGGAGCGGGACGGCGAGCGGGAGACGGAGCGGCGGCGGCGAGAGGCGAGUGCUGCUGUGGCUCGUGUGCGUUUGCGUGUGGGAGAGCGGGGCCGAACCGCUGCGCUAUUCCGUGGCGGAGGAAAUGGCGAGGGACUCGUCGGUGGGCAACGUCGCCCGGGACCUGGGGCUUUCUCCGAGCCAGCUGGCGGCUCGCAAGGCGCGCGUGGUGUCCGAGGGGAGCGAGCAGCAUUUCCGCCUCGAUCCGCACAGCGGCGUCCUGACGGUCACGGAGACGCUGGACAGAGAGCGGAUCUGUCCGCACAGCGAGAGCUGCGCGCUCUUCUUUAAGCUGUUCUUUGAGAACCCGGUGCAGCUGAUCCGCGGGGAGGUGGAGGUUCGGGACGUGAACGACAACUCCCCGGUAUUCCCGCACAAGGAGGUGGUUCUGGAGAUACUCGAAACGACAUCUCCCGGCUCUCGAUUCCUCCUAGAAGAAGCGCGGGACAAGGAUGUAGGGAUCAACGGCUUGCAGAAUUACAGCCUCUCUCCAAACUCGCAUUUCUCUCUCGCUCUCGAGAAAGGAGAAGAUGGAGGCAAAUACGCGGAGCUCGUCCUUGAGAGGGCUUUGGACCGCGAGGAUCAGCGGGAGCUGCAUUUGGUGCUCACGGCUGUGGACGGGGGCUCGCCGCCCAGGUCGGGCACGGCUGAGGUCCGGGUGGUGGUGCUGGAUGCCAACGACAACGUGCCGGUGUUCUCGCGGGAGGUGUACGAGGUGCGCGUGGCCGAGAACAGCCCCCCGGGGCAGCUGGUGGUGCGGGUGUCGGCCGCGGAUCCCGACGAAGGCUCCAAUGGCAACGUGCAUUACGCCUUCCACUCGGAGAAGUCACAACAGCUUUUUGCUUUGGACGCUGAGACCGGGGAGAUCCGGGUAUCGGGAAACCUGGAUUUCGAGGAU